CCCAUAACUUUGGUUGUCAAAAGUUGUUUAUUUUGAAAUUUGAAAGCCCGCGAAGUUUUAAAAAUUAAACAUUUCUUCUUCAAUCUUCACAUAAAAUCCAAAUAUUAAAGAAAUAAUAAAAUGCGUCGUUCUGGGGCUCCAUCAAUGAAAUCUUCCCCUUUUCAAAGAAACAUAUUCCCUACAAUUGCUUCAACAUCAAGAACUUCUCAAAACCCACCACCACCACAGGACAAUGAAAUCUCUUCAUCAACAUCAAAAACUGGUAAAGAAAAUUACAACCACCAGCGUCAAAAUGAUCAUGACCAAAAUAACAAAAUCCUUUACAAUGUUGUUUGGCGAAAGAUCACAACAAAAAAACACAAAACCUGGGAAGGUGACGGGUCCCUUGAGGUAAGAGGAAAUAUUUGUGUUCUUAAAAGUGAGACUGGUCAAUAUUUGGGUACAUCGAAUGCAAUUAAAACCGAAGAACUUAGCGAAGGAGCUUUUUUUGUCAUCAGUGGCAAAGAAGUGGAAAUCCAAGAAAAAGUCACAAAUCUCAAAGAGUUCUAUGCAAAUAAAAAGAUUCUCAAAGGAUCUUCUGAUGAAUGGCAUGAACCAGAGGAGAAAAAAAAGAAAACCCAUCACAGUGUCUUCUUUCCAAUGCUUCAUCUUACUGCACCGAAGAUGACAAAAAAGGUGCCAUCUAAAAUAAAAACUCUGCCAGAGAUAGAUGUUGAGCCUUUGAUUCUUCCCAAGCCGGAAGACGAAAAAAGGUUCAACAAACUCAAUCGUGCUGUUUACGAAGUACGAGUCACACCAAUGUUGGUUCAGCAUCUGCGUCCACAUCAGAGGGAAGGCAUUUGCUUUCUCUAUGAGUGCGUAAUGGGUUUCAAAAAUCCAGGUUUUCAUGGCGCCAUUCUGGCCGAUGAAAUGGGAUUGGGCAAAACCCUCCAAUGUCUGGCACUAUGCCAUACUCUUCUCAAACACGGUCCCUUCGGAGGUGAUCGAGUUCUGCAGAGAGUUCUAAUUGUCUGUCCAAGUAGUCUUACAUCAAAUUGGAAUAAUGAAAUCAACAAAUGGUUAAAAAACGAGCGCAUGUAUGCGUUUGUUGUCGAUGCGAAACACAAACUGCAUCAGUUCUCCCAUCAGAAUCAUAUUCCAUUUGUCAUUGUCUCGUAUGAAAUGUUUCUAGGUCAUUCUGAUGAAUUCAAAGUUCUUGACUUUGAUUUAGUCAUCUGCGAUGAAGGUCAUCGGUUGAAAAAUAGUGCAACAAAAGUUUCAAUAGCACUCCAAGGAAUGAACAUCCAACGGAAGAUCAUUCUAACAGGAACACCGAUACAAAAUGACCUGCAAGAAUUUUUUACUCUUGCAGAUUUUGUUAAUCCUGGAAUCCUUGGCUCAUAUCAGGAAUUCAAGAGAGAAUUUGAAAAUUCUAUUGUUCAAGGUCAGGCACAAGAUGCUGAUGAAGAGACAAAAUCAAAAGGUUCUCAGAGAGCUGCAGAACUUAAGUCAAUAUCGAAGAAGUUUAUUCUCCGACGAACCCAAUCUGUUAAUCAACAAUAUUUGCCAAAAAAGCGAGAGUAUGUUGUAUUUGUUAAACCAUCUGAGUUACAACAAUUUCUAUUAAUCAGAGCUCUAGAACUGUGGGAAUCACAGAAGGAGGAUUUGCUCAAAAAUAUGAAUCCCCUUCAAAUUAUAACGAUUUUGAAGAAAAUUUGCAAUCAUCCAUCUUUGAUAUCUCGUUCAAAAUCAUCAAAUGUGCUUACGAAAAAGUUAGAAAAAUUCCUUCCCGAUUGGUCAGAAAUGGGACCAUUUGAUUCUGGAAAAUUGGAAUUAGUUCAAAACUUUUUGACUGAUAUUGCAGCUUCUGACGAGCGUGUGGUUCUAGUAUCAAAUCACACUAAAACUCUCGAUAUGCUACAGGGACUCUGUGAUUUUCUUAACCUCGGCGCAUCACGACUGGAUGGAAGCACAGCGGCGAGUGAUAGAAAUUCUAUUGUAAAUAAAUUUAAUGAAGAGUCAUCUACCUCGAGAGUUUUUCUAUUGAGUGCUAAAGCUGGAGGAGUUGGUUUGAAUUUGUGUGGAGCAUCACGUUUGAUUUUAUUCGACAACGAUUGGAAUCCAGCGACAGAUCAACAAGCCAUGUCCCGAAUCUGGAGAGAUGGACAGAAAAAAGAUGUGAAAAUAUAUCGUUUGAUUACGGUGGGGACAAUUGAAGAGAAAAUAUUUCAAAGGCAGAUUGGUAAAACCAGUUUGGGUGGAUGUGCCUUAAAGAAUAAUGAUGUAGGAGAACCGACUGAGGAGUUUGGUAGUGAAGCUUCGGUAAAAUUUUCAGUUGAAGAAAUGACUGGAUUGUUUGGACUUCCAAUGGAUUUUGAUGACUGUGCUACGCACGAAAAUCUAUCAUGCUAUUGUAAUGGAACUGGAGAAGUUAAGUGUAAUGAAGCACUCAAAGACUCUCUUCAAAUAAAUGAAUUGAUGCAAUGGCAACAUUAUCGGAAACCAUUUUCAAAUAGUUUUCUAGAAGAAGCGUGUCUUGGGUCAUCUGCCGAAAGUAUUUCAUUUGUAUUUUCUUGUCAGACGAAGUUGAAUUAGAAGUGUAGUAUGAUAUUGGGAAGGUAUGAAAUAUAAACAAAUGGAGUUAAAAAUAUAAAUAUUUAAUUAUCAAAA